AACCCAACAACAACAGCAUUUUCUAUCUUUCCUGUUCCUCCUGAUAAAUACUUCUUUUGUUAAGAAGUAUCAGGGGGACUGCUAUGUGUUUUCAGGUCAUAUAUCAUCUGAAGGCAAUUUGAAUUGGUCUCGGGUCUCGCCACCCCCACCUAGCCGGCCACCAUGGGGAAGAGUAUGCGCAGCAAGCGGAAGCAGAAGCUGAAGCGGGAGCGCCGUGAGAAGUUCAAGGUGAAGGAGCUGAAGAAGCUGAAGGACAUGCUGCGCGCGGCCGGGGAGAACGUGGACGGCGCCUCGGAGGCAGUCAUGGUGGACGCGGAGGAAAUGAAGUCGAAGCGGACCAAGAAGAAGCCAGAGGAGCUGGCCGAAGGCGAAGAGGCGAUGGAAGUUACCAAGGAGAAGACCUCCUCCUUCCACCCGGUUACACUGAAGAACGAGCACGGCAACUACCCGGUCUGGAUGAACCGGCGACAGAUCAAACGGCACAAGAAGCUGACCUCCAAGACGGCAGACGAGGGCUACAAGAAGGGACGCAAGAGGAGGAAGCUGUAACCUAUCCGGCUAGGGAGUGGGGGGGGGGCGGGGUAUGGCGAGGUACCGGGCGUUGGGUAUCUGUGACGGUCUCUCGCGGUGCUGUUUCUAUAAUGAAACCAGACAUUAAUUUCCACUAGUGUCGGAGGGAGGACCUGUGUGAUGUCUCCGCCGUAUUAAGUAGACUUGACGUACAAGAAACGGCUAUCACCACCGCCGGGCCUUAUUCACUAAGAGGUACGUCUCCAGAGUUACGCCGCUACAUGCGGUUUGAUCAGUGGUGUUACAAGUGACGGAUACAAUAAAACACAGGCACAAAUGUA